UGCUUCCUCGAACCCGGCCCUCUCUGCUGCUUUUCCUGCCAGCUGUGAGCGUAAAAGGCGUCUCAAUACUCUGAGCAAAAUUUUUAUGAUUUUGCCGCCGAUUCGCCGCCGAGACUCGAGUCGAAGCGUGGGUUGCUGGUUCUGAGGCGGAUUGGGCGCGGACCUGCGUCCGCGGUGGAGAGAAAACACAAAAAAGCACAGCAGUUCUGUCGUCUUAGAGUGGGCUUCAACUAUGAUUACCCUUAGUCCCGGGUGCCUUUGCGACGUGUGCGCAGAGGAGUAUGGCCCGCACAACCUGCCCCAUUCUAUUCCUUGUGGCCACGUACUUUGCCUCAACUGCUGCAACAACAUUAUCAAGAAAACCCCAGCUCGUCUUGCCCCUGCUUGUCCCUUCUGUCGCGUUCAGUUUGCGAGCGACAACAUCCGUCUGAUCCGGAUCGACUAUGGGAGUGGUUGGUCAACCCCCGUACGCUCGCCCAAGCAUCCUACCAUCGAGACCCCCAGCAUCGACGUUGGCGAGGAUGACGUCCUCCUGCUCAAUCCUGGCACCCUCAAAACUCGUGCCGAGGCUCGGAGGCUCGAGUCCAAGGUGGCGCAGGUUGCCGCCAAGAAGUGUUCCGUGGAGGAGGUGACGACGUUGCACAAAGAGUUGCAGGACUGGUUGACCUCGGACAAGGUCGAUGAGCAGACGUCUUCCCUUCAGCUCAGUGCUGCCCUUUUGCGCGCCAUCCUUGUAAACCACGUCGCCCACUCUGAGGCUACACGCGUCGCUAAGGCGGUCGAGUCGCAUCUUCGGGAGCGCUUGGAGCACGCUGACAUGGAGAAGGAGAAGCUCGAGGCUGAGCUCCGUAGCCUGCGGGCUCAGUAUUCGCAGAAGGCCCAGGAGCUUCAAACUCUCCGUGCCGAGGUCAACCGCGCUAAGAUCAAGUCGGUUGCCUCUACUUUAGGUGUUCCCGCGACGCCUCCUCCGCGGGAGAUGUCGUCUACGCCGAACCCGGGUAUGAUCACACCGCCUCGUCCUCAGUCGGUGUCCACGGCGUCAGCCGGUUCCCGCUCCGGUGCCACUUCACCGACGUCCCCGACGCGCACGUCUUACACGCCAUCCUUCCCGUCUCCCCUUGCCAGGCACCCUGCUCCUUCUCUCCACGCUCGCACGACUUCGCUUCAUGUCGGCCAACGAUCCAUGACGCCUUCGGUUAGGUCUGGGACCCCCCUUGUCAGCGGUGCUGACAUCGCCCGGCCGGCCACUAUACCCCCCAAGACCCGUCGGAUGUCGAUGUCGUCGACGCCGACCCCCUCAAAAAUGUCCCGCUCGACCUCUAGCUCGGACGAAAAAGAAAAGGAGAAGCGGCGCAUCGUGGAUGACCGGGAGAAGGACGAGAGGCGUGUCCCAGUCAUCCAGCGGUGGAUUCCUUCCGCCGAUGCCCUGUCGCGUAGUCCGCCUACUGGACGCCCGGAGAAGUUCGAGUCUGGUCUUCACUCGACUCUGACCCGGCCGCCCAUCAUGCGGUACAAGACGCCCCUGUCCAACGCCUCGCCGUAAUGGAUAGAUGGACUCCACACACUCGGUUUGCUAUCAUUAUUUAUCGUUACAUCGGAUCACUUAUUUCCUUUCGUCUGUACUGCUCUCGUCGUCAGGUUAUAGUACACGAUAUACAUAGUUGUGCUCCCGAUUUCCCGUAAUCCCUUUCUCUCUGCCUCUGUCUUCUCUUUCUACUCAUCUCUUCCUCCUCUGUUUUGCUUUGCUCGUCAUGGAUUGACUUUCGGAUGCGCUUGCUUAUACUUUGGCCUCCGUAUAUACUUAUGCUCCUCCUAUUUCCCUCAGUACAUAUUGGGUUUUUACCGAGUCUCGCACACUGCGCUACCCCCCGCGUCCUCCGCGUCCGUUCACUUCCCUUCUCCAGAUACCAUCCCGCCUGAUUUUGCUCCUUGCUCCUCCUGCUUUCCACAAGUCUGUUUCCCGUCUGUCUCGCUCGGCUCUGACUCUGCGUCUCGCUAUCUCGUCUCGUGGAGCCCAUCCUAAUCUCUCCCCACGAACAUUCUCCCUCUCACAGCUCGCCUACUCCCAGUGUAGCAAUGGUUGUUUAUCCCUCUUCCUCUCAUCUCGUUACGACUCUUACGGAUAGAAUGCCUUCACGAUACCUUGCAAUACGAUAUCUUUACGACCCAUUUACAUUAUAAUAUUUACGUGUGCCAU